AUGGUAAGACCAAGUAAUCCACUAAUAGAACAAGCAGCACCUAAGAAAACAAGAAAUCAAAAAGAUAAAAUGAAUCAAUAUAUUAAAAGACAAGUGAUUGAUAAUCCAAAUGAUAUUAUGGAAGAUAUUAUUUCAGAGAAUAAACGAUUAAGAAAAGAAUUAGAGAAAAUAAGAAAUUUAUAUAUUCAAGAAAUGAAAACAAAUGAAGAAAUAAGAAAUGGACUAUUAGAACAAAGACUAGAAUUUAUGGAAUUUGAUAAUUUUGAAUAUGAUGAUAUAAAUGAUUAUAGAGAAGAAGAAGAUGAUGAUGAUGAUAUUGGAGAAGAAGAAAUAGAUAAAGAAAUUAAAGAAAGAUUAAGUAAUAUUAAAGGAGAGAAUCAAAUUAAAAGAAACACCAAUAUGAAGCGAUUAUCUAUGUAUCACAAAAUGCAGGAGAAGAUGAAACAUUUAAAGAAUUAA